GGAACCUGACCAUCCAAAACAACUCUUCUCUCCUCGAAGCUGCGAGUCCAAGGAAGACAUUAUUUCUAACCCUAUUUUCUCGAUAUUUGGGCCGAUCCAUGAGACUCCCGAGACUCACAGAAGAACCCUUAUAAAACCAUCGCUCAGGUGGACCUCGGGAAAUUGUAAUUAAAGCCACAGCACGAGGAGAUCUGGGGAAACAGUGAUGCGAUGUGAAAGCGGGCAGCAUGGGUGACACUGACCCCGGCCGGGGCUGCCCUCCUGCGCUGCCGUCAGAUGUGGAAAGCACGGGCAAUAAUGUCAACAACAACAACAACAACCAAGCGGCAGGCAGGGUGGUCGCUCCACACGCAGAGCAGAAUGGUAGAGGCGAGCUUGAGAGGAAGCAGCCUCUCAUAGAGGACGUAGGGGAUGCAGCUUCCAGAACGUCAGAGGAAUCAGCAGAGUCUCUGUCUUCCAUGAGCAGCCAUUUAGCCUGGAGAGAAGGUCCAAAGCCGCAGAGCAAAGCGCAGCCGUCGUAUAGGAUGGUUGCUGACAACUCAAGACACACCAAUAUCAGAAAGGAGUCCAGCCUGUGCAGUGACGAGGAGAUGGAAGAGGAGGUGGACGAGGAGAAUGAAAAUGAAAAUGAAAAUGAGGAGGAGGAUGAGGAGGUAGAUGCCGUGGAAGAGGAAGAGGAAGAAGUUGAGGAUGAGGAGGAGGAGGAACUUGGAUCAGAGGAGGAAGAGAUGGAGGAAGAGAAAGACGUGAGAGGAAAGGAGGAACCAAACAGCUUGUACUCACGGAGAGACGAAGAGAAGUCCUCCUUCGGCCUGUAUUCAGGGAUGAGUGACAUAAUUAGUGGGUCACCCCAGAGUGCCGCCCCAAGUCCAACCCCUUCCUCAUGCUCUUCGACUCCCUCCCUAACCCCAAACAAAAGCAGUGUGGCAAGUGGAGGUCUACAGAGACCCAAUUCAACGUUUGGCUCCAGCUUGGUGUACAAAGGUAGUGGGGGUGGUCUGCUUGUCCAUCAUCCUGUGACCCCAAAGAAGAGGGUUUUGACCAAGACCAAGACGGAUCACCUUAGUGAAGAGCUCAAUCUCGGAUAUAGGAUUUUGAUGGAGCUGAUGUCCGAUUACCAGAAGGGGAGCAAUGCGCCCUUCAUGGAGCCUAUUGAACUGGACACCGACAAGAACAAAGACUACCUGGAGGUCAUAAAGAAACCUCUCUGGCUGAAGAAGAUUAAGGAGCAACUCUUAGAUGGGCAGUACAAAACAAUCACCGAACUCAUUGGAGAUCUUCGACUCAUGCUAGAGAAUGCAUACCGAUACUUUGGGCCGGUCCAUUCCAUCUCGAAAAAAGGCCUACGUCUGGAGCACAUGAUGGAGCAGAAAAUAGCUCUCCUUCCCAAGGAAAUCCGCGAACAAUGCAGUUUGGAGAAGACAUCCGGCCAGCCACCAGAAGAUAUCACUCAAAAGCACCGCAACAAAAGAGCCAAGAUCUCAGUCAAUGGUGACAAUUUCUUCUCGUACGUCAUGCACCGUGUCCGAGGAUGCAGAGUGCAGCGUGAAAAGGAAUUGAAGAGGAGGAAAAUGGAGGCCAUGCGUCAGGCAAAGCGUGACCGAGAAUUGGAAGUCAUACAGUGGGAAAAAGAUCUACUUAAGGAGCCUCUCCACUCACAAAUGAGGGCAAUGUGGGAGCUACCACAAAUUGGCCACUUUAUAUACCUCACUCUGAACACCCUAAACAUCUAUGAAGUCCCUCAGUAUGAGCUUGAAAGGAUGCUGCUGAUGCCCCGAGCCUCAAGAACACUGGCCAUGCUACUGACCUCCCUCCUGUCGUCACCACAGCAGAGACAGAAGCUCAACGAAAAGCCUUACAUGCCCUACAAGGUCUGGGCCCGGAAGCUGGCACACAAGACCCUCCUGUGGUACAGGUGCUUCUCUCGGGAGAACCAGAAUUCCCAGAAAGUUUUUGACCAAAUGGGAAUUGAGCCACAGUUUUGGAACAUAUGUGGACCCACAAAUCCCUUUGAACGCCAGCUGUUCCAUGAGAUGACCUACCACCAGCGAGUGUGGCUACUCAAGUCCCUCUGUGACUUUCUGCUUCACAACCACAAGACAGUGCAGGAAGUGAUCGCCGAGCACACGGAGGCCGACCAGCGCGAGUACCACUUGGGCCGCGACCGGGACGGGAACGAGUACCUGCACUUCCCCCAGUUCUGUGGCCAGGACCUCAGGAUCUACCGGCGGGCGCAAGUGCCCUCCCCGGAGAUCAAAGUGGAGGAGGAGGAGCACAAGGAAGGGAGCAUCCUACCCAUUGAGAAAGUUCGGGAGUUCAAGAAGAUGAUGAAGAGGUUCAGGAGUAAAUACGAGGAAGAGGCAGAGUGGGAAGGAUCCAGAGGGAAGAAGAGAAAACGGAAAAGGGGACGAAAUAGAGAGGUGGAUCCCGAGGAGGAGGUCAGCUUCCACAAUCGCAGCCGGCCAGGGAACCUCAGACAGAGACCAAGAGCAAGGUACAAGGACCAGUAUGAGGACCUGGGCCUUUCCUCAGAUGACGAACCCCCCCGGCCCAAGUUCAAGGGAAGGAGGGCCAGGGCAUGUAUCGCAGACUCUUCCAGCGAGAGUGAGGACGAGAAGGAGGAAAAGAAGGAAAAGGAGAAAGAGGCCAAGGAAAAGGAGAAGGAAAAGGAGAAGGAGAAGGAGAAGGAAAAGGAGAAGGAGAAGGAGAAUAAUGGGACUGAAACCCCUCCAGGAACAGCAGCAGCAGAGGAAACGGGAGAAGAGGGAGCAGCCAACAGCCCAGCUCCCCCACAGCAGGAAGGGUUGACGAGAGCACAGCAGAAGAACCCCAGAACGAGACGAGGAGGCAAGAAGAAGCCAACCUGUGAGAUAUGUGGUAAAACAUUCCAAAACAUUGCUGCUCUGAAAGGGCACAGAGCUGUCCAUACGAAGGAGAAGCAGAGACUGGCACUUGGCCUCGGUGACAUUCCUAAUGCGAACAAGACCAGUGUGGAAAAGACUGGUGACUCCUCCUCAGACAAGCAAGACUCCGUGUGCAACAGCACCGUCCUUCAGAACGGAGAGUGUGACCCGGAGGAGAGCUCUGAUCGGGAAAACAAAGCAAAGGAUCUGACUCGAGAAUCUCUUUUGAAUGGGAAGAUAAAAGAGGAAGUCCCAGAGGAUGUGGAGGGAAGGGAGGACAAAAAGGUGCCAGGGCUCAAUGUCAAGGUCGAGGUGAAAGCCGAAGUGAAGGACGAGCCAAGCAUUAAAGAGGAGAAGGAGAGCGACGACGAGUCAGCCGUGAAGGACGAGAGGCUGAGCGACGAGGAGGGAGCGAGCGAGAAGUGGGAGUGCAACGGGACCGCAGCGGUCGAGGGCGAGUCAACGGCCAACGAGGAGGAGGGCAAGACCAGAACCAGGGACCUCCCCCCCGUCUACGACCCCGCCAAGUACCUACCCCGCAUGGAAGACUUUGAGCUGGUGGUGGCCUCGGUGGAACAGCUCAGGACACUCAUCAAGAAGUUCGGAGAUCUUCCAGAGAAUGCGGGAGGGUCCUCAAGCACAAAGGAAUCCAAGGAGCAGAAGGAGGCAAAGGAUGCGAAAGAAGGGGAGGACGCAAAGGAGAGGGAGGAUGAAGAUGAGGAUGAUGAUGAGGAGGAAAAGGAAGGGAACACCAAGAAAACAAAG